GUUCAUAGAAAAAGCCCAAAUAUUUGGUCAAGAACCCUCUUUAAAUCCAGUGUGGGGUGUGAAUGAUUGCAUAUUAGGACGUCUACUAUACGAUCUCCACCGGCCACUCGAAAAUAAUGGCAAUGGUUUGGUUAAUCGUCUUCUUCUUCUUCUGCGUCCGCACCUUGGAUUGGGGACGCGUGGUAAAAGGUGAAGAUGUACGUACGAGUGAGCAACAAUCGGUCGGUGGUCAUACACUUGCACUGCUCUUACAUUUGAGAACGACUCGACUUGGCGGUGGGCUCCUAUUAUGUCUUAAGGACCCAGAGCAGAAGCUGCAGAACAAGAGAAGAUGAUUUGAGAGGAAAAUACUUUAACAAGCUAAUUAGGCAUGGGUUUAUUGUUGUUGAUGGCCGUGGGGGUGAGUUGGGUGGUGCUGGCGAUGAGCGUGGGUGCCAGUGUAUGCAUUGAUGCGGAGAGGGAAGUGCUGCUCCAGUUUAAGCGCAACAUUGUUGACGAGCAGGACCGUCUGCACUCUUGGGGCAACCACAACGAAGAUUGCUGCAGCGGUUGGACUGGGGUUGGGUGUGAUAACCUCACAGGCCAUGUCAUCAAGAUUGAUCUUUAUCCUGUGUAUCUGCCGACCGCGAAAGUUAGGUAUACCAGCAUUCCAUUCAUUGAUGAGCUGCCCUAUUUGAAGUAUUUGGAUCUUGGCUUAAUCAGGAACUUGCUGGCAAACCAGAGCAUCUCAACCCUAAUUGGGAGUAAUAAUAACAACCGUAGUAUGGUUUCCCUUCAACAUCUCAGCCUUAGCUACACCGGAAUUGUUGGCACCAUUCCAGAUGAUUUUGGAAGCAGCAUGCCUGCCCUCACACACCUUGAUCUCAGCGCUAAUUGGUUACAAGGUCCUGUUCCUGAAAAUUUUGGGAACAGCAUGCCUGCCCUCACACACCUUGAUCUCAGCGGUAAUGGGUUACAAUGCUCAAUUCAUGCAAAUGGUUUUGGGCAUAUGUGGUCCCUGUCAUACCUUGACAUUGGUGGAAACUUUUUGGGAGGUCGAAUCCCAACGAGUUUAGGGGAUAACAUGACUAGCCUUACGUACCUUGGCCUGAGCAAUACCAGUUUACAAGGCUCCAUUCCUCAAACAUUUGGAAAGAUGCUUAACUUGACUCACCUUGACCUGAGUUAUAAUAGUUUGGAUGGUCACAUUCCUGAAGUUCUAGGGAAUAUGUCCUUGCUUGAAGAGCUUCAUCUUUCGGAGAAUAGAUUUGUAGGAGAAAUCCCAAAAUCCAUUUGGAAGAUAUGCACUCUUAAGUCUCUGAACUUGGGAUUCAACCAUCUUAAUGGAAGCCUAAUCAUAUCCACAUUAUGCCCCAAUCACCCUCUGCAGCUAUUGUAUUUACGUAGCAACCGAGUCACGGGGUCAUUUCCUGAACUAACUAUGUUCCCCUCUUUGCAGAUAUUAUAUCUUGGUGAUAACCUUCUAGAUGGGGUCAUUUCUGAACAUCAUUUUGUUACUCUCUCCAAAUUAGAAGACCUUGACUUAUCUUCAAACAAUUUCACUUUCAAUGUCACCUCUACUUGGCUUCCUCCCUUCCGAUUGAGCUUUAUAAACCUUCAGUCCUGUAACUUGGGCCCUGAAUUUCCAAAUUGGCUUAGAACUCAAGUGAACUAUAUCCAGCUUGACAUUUCCAAUAACGGCAUCUCGGAUUCAAUUCCUUCCUGGUUUUGGAAUACAACUACUGAGUUUGUGAGCAUUAAUGCUUCUCAUAACGCAAUCAAGGGAAGAAUUGUAAGCAGUGCUCAAGUAUCACCGGGGUUUCGAACCACAGUUCUACUAGAUUUGAGUUUCAAUGAAUUAGAAGGUCCCAUUCCACAAUCAUUCUUCAACAUGACAGCGAUGUACCUCUCUCAUAAUAACUUCACUGAACUCAAUUCCCUGUGUGACAUUAAGGGUCCUAAGGCAGCUAUUGCUUUGCAUCAUUUGGACAUCUCAAUCAAUCAACUUUCAGGAACACUUCCGGAUUGUUGGUCAAGUCUAUCUAGUCUGGUGGUUCUCAACUUGGCAAACAAUCACAAUCUAUCAGGGAGUCUUCCAACUUCUAUUGGAUCAAUGGCAUCCCUAUGGGCAUUGCAUCUUGACUUUAACAGUUUUACAGGCGUUCUACCUUCAUCCAUUAAGAAUUGCUCCAAAUUGCUAUCUUUACAACUGGGACACAAUAACUUAUUUGGACCAAUACCGGAUUGGGUGGGUGAAAAUCUAACACAACUUGCGGUUCUUGGGCUAGGAUCCAACCACUUCAGUGCAAGUGUACCAACAAGUCUCUGUCAUCUCCAAUUUCUUCAACUGUUGGACCUGUCCAUGAACAUCCUCUCAGGGAAUCUUCCCAAGUGUCUUUUGAAUCUUACUCAGAUGACUGUAAUAAGAGGCGGCAGUCCCACCAUUUCUCAUAAGAUAUCAGUCUUUCUCGAUGCUUCAACUUUUGCAGGUGAUAUACCCAUCAGCCAAGUUGACAAAAUAGAUACUGUAUGGAAAGGUGUGGUCUCUGAAUUUGAUAGUAUAUUAGGACUCCUAAAAAGCAUUGAUCUCUCAUCCAAUGUACUGACAGGUGAAAUUCCAAGUGAAAUCACAUCGCUUGUUGGGCUGCGUUCUUUGAACUUAUCACAAAACAACCUAAGCGGACAAAUUCCUUUAAGGAUUGGUAACUUGGCAAACUUAGAGGCUCUUGAUUUGUCUAAUAACCAUUUGUCUGGUAGCAUUCCUCAAAGCCUUGCCCUGAUUGAUCGCAUAAGUGCUCUCAAUGUGUCCAACAAUAACUUAUCAGGCAAAAUCCCGAAAAGCACUCAACUUCAGAGCUUUGAUGCAAGUGCAUACAUGGGGAAUCUCGGUCUAUGCGGAGAUCCACUCCUCAAUACUUGUCCAGGAGAAGAAUUAACUUAUCCUUCUCCUCCUGGAUUCAGUGAAGAAGAAAAAGGAGAAGAUGUAGAUAAGAUUUUCGGUGGUGACUUUUAUGCAAGCAUGGGGGUGGGAUAUGCAUUUGGAUUCCUUACGAUUGUUGGGACAGUACUAUCCAACAGGUCUUUUAGGUUUUCGUUUUUCAAAGUCCUUGAUGAUUUUGCUAAUUGGGCUUAUGUUGUGGCUGCAAUCUACAAGGCAAAGCUUCUGAGAAUACUUGGGAGUUAAUAGGUCAGGGUAAGUACCCCUUACUUACAUCACAUGCAUCACCCCCCCCACCCACACACAUAGUAUCACUUUUAGGUUAUAUAUCCCCACUCUUUUUUCUAUGUUUUGUUUUUGUAAUGUCAUUGUUCCUCUUGGAUACUGGGGUUAUGUGAUGGUUCAAUCUUUGUGUAGUUUGGGGCACUUUUGGCUCUUCAUUCUAGAUUUCUAGUUCAUUGUGGUUAAAAUCUUAUAGUUCACUUUUGUCAAACAUGUACUACGAGUAUAUGUUCCAAGAAGGCAGUAACAAAGUUUCUCUCUUAA